GGGGGCGGCGCGCUGCUGCCGGCGUCAGCCCGCCGGCCCCCGCCGCCCCUGCGGCCCUUCCGAGCGGCUGCCGGCGGGCGCCCCGGCGAGAGGCGCCGCUGGGGAGCGCGUAGUGUCGCGGCGGGGCGGGCUCCCCCCGCCGGGUGCGUCGGGCAGGUGCUGGCGGCCGCUGGAUGGGAGCCCUUCCCCGGCGGGCACCGCCGCGCUCGACACCCCCCACCCCCCCGCCGGCCGCGGGAAGGAGGGCGGCGGAGCAUGCCGCCGGCGGGGCGGUUCCGCUGGGACUGACAUGCUGCUGAAGGAGGGAGGGCGCCAGCCCCUCCGCCUCUCCCCGCGGUAGCGGAGGCGAUGCUGCAGGGCGCUCCCUGGGCUCUCCCGCAGGCGCCAGGCUACCACCGGGAGCCGCCGCGCUCCCGGCCGUGAGCGGCGCGGCCCCCGGCCGGGCCGAGGCGCCGAGCGGCGCCGGCCCGCACCCCUCCUCGGGGCGGCGGCGGGGGCGGGGGGCGGGGGGUGGGGGGGGAAGGCGCUUCCCGCGCCCGCGGGGCCCCGCGCGGCGGGCGGCUCCGCGCGGCGGAUGCGUGUGCAUGAGCUCUGCACCGAGCGGGCGCAGGAAGCGCCCCCGCUCCGCCGCAUCCAUCUUCCAGGGCAGCAAGACCUCGCCGCACGGCCGCGACAGUGAACGCCGGGGCAGCGGCUCCGAGAGCGCCCACCAGACCCAGAGAGCCCUGGAUGACUGCAAGAUGCUUGUCCAGGAGUUCAAUACCCAGGUGGCUCUGUAUCGGGAGCUGGUCAUUUCCAUUGGGGAUGUCUCAGUCACCUCUCCAUCUCUGCAUGCAGAAAUGCACAAAACUCGAACUCAAGGAUGUGAGAUGGCCUAUCAGGCUCAUCAAAAACUAGCAGCAAUUUCUGGCCCAGAAGAUGGUGAAAUUCAUCCUGAAAUCUGUAGACUAUACAUCCAGUUGCAGUGUUGCUUAGAAAUGUACACAACAGAAAUGCUUAAGUCCAUAUGUCUGCUAGGAUCACUGCAGUUUCAUCGGAAAGGAAAAGAACCUUGUGCCCCACCCAAGAUCCUAGAUACUAAAGUGGAGGAGAGUUCCGAAGUACCUAUUUUAGAAGACACAUCAUCGUCACCAACAGAUAUUCAACAGCAUUUAUGGCAGGUUUCCACAGAUAUUGAAAACACUGAAAGAGAUAUGAGAGAAAUGAAAAACCUUUUAAGUAAACUCAGGGAGACUAUGCCUUUACCACUGAAAAAUCAAGAUGAUAGCAGCCUCCUACACUUGACUCCGUAUCCGUUGGUAAGAAGACGGAAGCGAAGAUUCUUUGGACUGUGUUGUCUUGUCUCAAGUUAGAAGAUGAAGUACAGAAGCACCAAGAAAAUCAUAACUUUGAUUAAACCACUAUUAUUUGACCACUGAAAAGAUGAACAUUGCUACAGUUGGUUAUAAAGUACGUUUUCUAUACUAGCCUAUUUCUUUUUCUCUUCUGCUCCAUCCUUUUCAAAAUAAGGGUUUUAAUAGCUUAAAGUUAUGGUGGUCAACAACCAGCUGUGGGAUAGCUCUAGCAUAACUAAGAAUGUUUUUAAAACUUUUUAAAGUAUGUUUUGCAUGCUUACUUUCAACCACUCAGAGAAAAGACACACAAAUUAUGUUUAAUAGAUAAUUUUAAAGUUUUUUUUAUUGUUUGAACUGCAGCUAAAAGUUUGUGCAUAGUACAGUACUCUUAUUAGUAUCAUAUCAAAAUACUUGAUCAUAUUCUAACAGUCUUUAAGCAUAGAAAACUAUUUAACAGCAAAAAUACAAAAGUUCUAAAACAAGUAAACAAUAUUGUAACAGAAUUUGCAUAAAAUCUCCAGUUGCUUUUUGUGCUCUCAUUCAUAUUUAGUCUUCCACUAUAUCUCAAUUUAAAAGCUUCAUUGAAAAAACUUAAUUUAUGAUACACAAACCAUAUAUGAAAAUACCUAGAACUUGUAAAUACAGAGAAAUCAAAAUAUCUACAUACUGUACAAUGCAUAGAAGCAACAGAUUUCCUUUUAAGCCGAUAGUAUCUCUACAAGCUUUUGGAAAAAAUAAAUAAUUUAUUAAAAGACAGUCUACUAAAAUAAACAAUGUAAAACACAAUACCAACCCAUUUUGUUUCCAAUGGAAUUCAAAGCAUGGUGUCUGCAUAUCAGUAAGUAUUAACUCAUAUAGGGCAUGCCAGAAUUAUCUCAGACUGUAAGAUAUUAAGCGUUUUACAUUGUUAAUAAAGUUUUUUAUUUAAAUUAA